AUGUACUGUGCUUUUCAACGACGUUCAGGGAAGAAAUCGUGGCACUGAUCAAGACGGGUGUGAGUCCAACAAAGCGGCAAGUAUUAAAGUGUGUCAUGAGUCUCUUUGACCCACUAGGAUUGCUGGCAUGCGUCCUAGUACACGGAAAAAUUAUGAUGCAAGAUAUUUGGCGGAGCGGAAUCCAAUGGGACGAGCACAUCAACGACAAAAUCCACGAAACUUGGCAGAGGUGGAUAGAUUUGCUGGAACACGUCAACGAAGUUCGACUACCGAGGUGCUACUUCCGAAAUGCAAGUGCUGAUCUAUACAAUUCAUUGGAAGCCCACGUAUUCGUCGAUGCGAGCGAAGCAGCGUAUUAUGCAGUAGUGUAUUUCCGGGUAUUCAACUCGGAUGGGAUGGUGGAAUGUGCUUUGGUGUCAGCGAAAACGAAGGUUGCUCCAUUGAAGUACGUCUCCAUUCCUCGAUUGGAGCUGAUGGCGGCGGUCAUAGGUAUUCGUCUACUCUCGUUCGUGAGGGAAAGUCACACCGUUCAGUUCAACCGCUGCGUCUACUGGUCAGACUCCGAAGUAACGUUGGCAUGGAUCCGCUCUGAACAUCGAAGGUACCGACCGUUCGUAGCCUGUCGCGUUGGAGAAAUUCUAUCAGCGACUAAUGUCAAGGAUUGGAGGUACGUUCCGAGUAAACUAAACGUUGCUGAUGAUGCCACUAAAUGGGGCGAAGGACCUCGCCUCGAAGAAUCUGGCCGCUGGUUCAGUGGUCCACCUUUUCUACUACUGCCCGAAGAAAAAUGGCCUAAACAGAAAAAGCUUUUCGAUAGUACCGACGAAGAUCUUCGAGCAUGCUACCUACACCAAGCAGUGCAAAUCUUGCACAAUCCGAUAAAUUUCGAACGUUUCUCAAAGUGGAACCGACUUCAAAGGACAACCGCUUACGUGAUCCGUUUUGUAAACUUUUUAAAGCGAAAUAAAUCCGACGCGAGCAACCGUGGUGCAGGCUUGGCGCAAGAGGAGCUGCAGGCUGCGGAAGUUCUACUUUGGAAACUCGCACAAUCGGAGGCUUAUUGUGAUGAGCAAAACGUCGCCUGCGGAUGAACGAAUAAAGUUGGAGAAGUCAAGCCCCCUGUGGAGACUGUCACCAAUGAUCGAUGAACAAGGUCAAGGUCGUUCUACGAGUCGAUGGUCGGAUAUCUGCAGCGAAAGGGGUUCCUGUAGACGUGAAGUUUCCCGUUAUAUUACCCAGAAAUCACCGAGUCACCAAUCUCAUCGUAGACAGCUACCAUAGAAAGAUUCUACACGGCAAUUCUGAAACAGUGGUCAACGGUUCUACGUUGCUCAGUUACGAAUUGUUGCUCGAAAGGUAGCUGAGCGAUGUCAAUGGUGCAAGGUGUAUAAAGCAAGACCAACGGUGCCUAGGAUGGGUCUCCUCCCGUCUGCACGUCUGUCACCGAGUGUUCGCCCGUUCACCUAUAUUGGCGUCGACUACUUUGGGCCUAUUCUGGUGAAGGUAGGUCGAUCGUCAGUGAAACGAUGGAUCUGCCUGAUUACGUGCCUAACAAUACGUGCAGUGCACGUGGAAGUGGCUUUUGAUCUAUCAACAAAGUCAUGCAUAGCCUGCUUACGCCGUUUUGUCUGCCGAAGGGGAGCACCACUCGAAAUAUACUCCGACAAUGGACGGAACUUUUCCGGAGCAGAUCGGGUGUUGCGGGAUCAAAUCCAGCGUAUCGAACAGGACGCAGCGACAACAUUUACCAACGCGGAAACGAAGUGGUUGUUCAUUCCACCUUCCGCGCCACAUAUGGGAGGAUUGUGGGAGCGUAUGGUACGCUCCAUCAAGAACACGAUGACUAAUCUACCCCAGGAUCCGGCAUCAUGGGCAGUUCAACUGGGGUCAAACAACCGGCGAUGAAAAUUGCGGAAACAGCAGAAACUAUCCGAGUGUCUUGGGACUUGAUUCAGCAGCGCAUCGACUUUUUCUGGAA